UUUCCUUCUCCUAAAUUGUUUUCGCUCCGCCAUGAGCGGCCUCACGAAGUUCGGCCUCGCCCUCCUCUUGGUCUUCUGUAUCUCUCUUUUAGGCUUCUUUUCCGAGAUCCUCUACGUCAUCUGGCGCAGGCGCCAGCGGCUCCGGCGAAGCUCCGCUUCCUCCAGAGACCCCGAAAUCUCUGGCGCCGGCGGGGGUGGCCCCUCCUUCAAGGAGCUCCUCCUCUACUUCCUCUGCUGGAAGAACCAGUCCCGCGUCGAGCCGGCCUCCUUCGCUGCCGCGUCCCCGGCAUUCUCUGCAGCCGCUUCUCUCGCCGCCCCGCCGGCGGCCACGACGAAGACGGCGUCUUCGGCGGCGGCGGAGGAGGAGUGCGAGCUUGCGCGCUGGCACGCGAUGUGCUUCGGGCCGUCGAGGGUGCUGUACACGAUCAAGGAGGAGAAGGAGGAGGUGGAGUCCGACGGCGGGAUGGGGGUCUCCGGCGACGAGUUGGCGGAGACGCCGUUCUCGACCCCAGGCGCGUCGCCGGCGUUCUACACGCCGACAUCGUCUCCAACGCGCGCGGCGGCGGAGUCCGGCAGAGAUCCGAAGGUUCCGUCGGGUGGCGAGGAGGCCGGAGCUGUCUCGCCGGUGGCGGAGCGAGUGUAGGGGGCGAAGGGGCUUCAAGGACAUGAAACGUCAUGUCGUAGACUCGUACGAAAUAGUUGGAAAAAUUUGCGGCACUCUUUAAGUAAUUACUAGUAAUGCUAGGUAACCUUUUGUAAUUUUCUCUCCUCAACUUUUACCACUCGUAGCAGGGUAAAAAGAUUAUAGAAGUAAUUGCCUUUUUGUGAAA